UGUGAAAUAUGGGAGUGAGCAGAACAUGAGAUAUAAAGACAGUGCUGGUGCAAUGUCAUCAUUCACUUCACCUGGCCGUUUCAUCCAGACUCUGAAAAAUGGCAAAUGCAAAUCCAGAGCAACCUGAAAAGUUUAACAUUCAACAAAGAAAGAAUUCACGUGGAAUAUGGGAGAAAUACAUCACAGGGCAGCAUGUGAGUUUAGAGAGACUGAGAGAGCGAAUGAAGAUAGUGAUCCCUAAGGAUCCCAUGAUGAAGUACAUAAUGAAGGAGAUCCCACCUUACCCGAGUCCAGUUGAAUUUGGGGUUUCAGAUGUAGCCCAUGUUACUGAUCAGACAGGAUUCAGGGGGAUAAUGGAGUCUCAGCAGUUCAGACCUCCUAAGAGUGAGUUCUCAUGGUGGGACUUAAAAAUUAAAGAAGAGGAGAUAAGAGCAGCAGAGACAGGCUACAUGGAGACUAAUUUCACAAAUGAAGCACAAGAGCUGAAUGAACAGAAGCCGUUCCUGGAAAAGUUCACCACAUCACCUCUCUUUCAACUAGAGAAAUCCCGCUACGGCAAUUAUCGCUUCACGUUUCCCCUCACUGAUCUGAUGAAGUGGUACAAAGAACAGAACUGUGGAGGAGAAGAGCCGGUUCUCAGGAUGUACGAGACCAUCACCUACAAACAGGAGAUUGUGUACACUGUGCUGAUUCACAGUCCUGGGGAUAACAAGCGUUUUGGAGAAUACCCACUCCUUGAAGCGAGUGAGUGGGUUCGUUAUCAGGAUGGGAAGAUCAUCUGGAAAGCACAAGCCAUUUGUGAAACCCAUCGGUAUCAAUUUGUUUCAGGAGAAGUGCAAAGUCUGAAUACUCAUCUGUUUUAUGUCUGGGAUCAGGUUAGUUUAGUCUUUCACCUACCAAAACCUAAAGCCCUGAAAAUCCCCACAGAAAGGCUCAUAGAAGCUCUCGAAGCCUGUAAACUUGACAAAAUAGAUCUCUCAAGGGACAAAGAGGAACGCUACAGGGAAGCAAAGGAGAAAGUCAUGCAAUUAAAAAGAGAGUUGAAAGUGGUGAAGAAAGAAGAAAAGGAUGAAGAACAAGAGGAUGAACAUAAAGCAAAAUCGUGAAAUAUAUUCAUAGGUGAUAU